AAAAAUUAUUAUACUUAUCAAUAUUAAAUACUCAAAUGCCUGCUCAAGUUGUACCGAUCACUCCUGAAGCUAUCCCUACUGACUUAUUUUUAAGAAGAACCUAUGAAGAAGAAGGUCUUGAAGCUGCUCUCUUGCUCUUAAACAAGCAUCUUGACAUGUGUGAAGCUUCUGGCGCUGGUCGUAUAGAGUACAUGCUCUUUAAUGAACAAGUCUCUCGCGAAGAAUUCGUAGAAUCCAUGAUACAAGACCUUCAAGACACUCCUGCUGAUGGCCAUAUCACUAUCACGCCAUUUGAUUUGAAUACUGGUGAAGAAUACAGCCACACGAGGCCCAUCAUGGAUGCUCUGGAGAACACCGAUGACCUCUUUGCCUUGUUAUUUGAAUCUAUCACAUAUGGUAAUGAUCAAGAUCCCCAUCCUAAUGUUCACAGGGAAUUUAUGAUCCAAGUAUACGAACAAUAUUGUGACGUAGUCAAGCAAAUUAUCGACCUGAAAACUUUGAAAGAACAAAUUACCACGCGCUGA